CAAAUUUGUCCUCUUUGCAGCCGCGUACACCAAGCAUCGCCCACCCGCUGUUCGUUCUGUAUCGAGCACCCCAUCAUGGUCUCCACGCGACACCACCCGCGCGAUUUUCCGCCUCCCUCGAGCGCAAGAUCGUCGUCGCCCCCCUCAUCGCCGUCGGCCAGCGCCAAUGGGAACGGGAAUGGGAAAAAAUGGAUGCAUACGCCCUCCGCGGCCGUGACCCUUUGGCUCCUGGUCUCAGUGCCCCUGGUCAUCUGGGACGCCGGGUACGUUCUGUUGCGCCCGCACAGCAUGCCGGGGAAUAAGCUACAUUCGCCGAUCUGGACCCCGUAUGCGCUUUACGGCACGAUCGAUUAUAUCUACGGUUGGCCGGCUUUCAACGCUCGGAAUGGCUUUACCGCCGCGCAGACCGUCUUGAACCUCCUCGAGACCACCGCCUAUAUCUACUACCUCGCGACGGUGUAUAGACAUGGGACUUCGGCAACCGCCGGCGGUCGCGCGUCGCAGCGCAAGACUCAAAAGGGGCUAUGGUGGCUGUUAAAGGAAGACAAAGUGCUUCCGGGGCGCACGGGAGCGAAUGCGCUUUUGAUUGCGUACAGCGCGUCGGUGAUGACUCUCGGCAAGACCCUUCUGUAUUGGUUGAAUGAAUUCUUUUCGGGUUUCGAAAAUAUCGGGCAUAACGAUGCCGUCACCUUGAUCUUCUUUUGGAUCAUUCCCAAGUAAGCGCCUUGCUCUCUGCUCCCCCUCUGGCGUCGGUGAUUGACAAUUCUGGCAGUGGACUCUGGAUUGUGUUUCCCGCCUAUAACCUCCACAUCCUCGGCGAAGAGAUUGUAUCGUCGCUGGAUGCUCUAGCGCCGCGCCAGCGACCUGGACGGCCGAAGUCAUCAUAGUAGGUCUCGGGUAGAAUAUAAGUUACAGAUCAUCGCAGCAGCAUGAUGAUUAUUGUCUUUGGUCGGCGUGGACUGAGAUGUGGAAGGAAUACGAGCUGGAGAGGGGAAUGGACAUCCCAGAAUAUACGAAGACUAUUAUGAUUUAACAAAUACCAUAUACUUAUAGUUAGUAG